AUGUCCUUCAAUGAAGGGGACGCCAGGGGAGUGAAGCAGCCCCACAAUGACCCUUUGGUUAUAACGCUGAAUAUAAAAGGAUUCAAUACCAAGAGGAUCCUCGUGGACAACAGUAGCUCUGCAGACAUCAUUUACCUCCCAACCUUCCAGCAGCUAAAGCUAGAUCCAAGGAGACUGCACUCAUUUAACUCUCCCUUCGUCAGCUUCAGCGAAGACAGGUUGACCCGUCAGUUAGACUUCCUAGUGGUGGACUGCCCCUCAUCCUACAAUGUCAUCAUUGGGAGGCCUACGCUCAACAAAUGGAAAGCGGCCACGUCCACCUACUGUUUGAAGGUGAAAUUCACAACAGAUAAUGGUGUCGACGAGGUAAAAGGAGAUCAAGUCCUGGCUGCAAAGGAGAACCACACGUGGAUGAUUGAAGAGAAGGAAAAAGACAAAAUGGAAGCCCUAGAAGGAGAAGCGAACAAGACGACAAAGAUAGGGACGACGCUAAGCCCUGAGAUGAGAACAAGACUCAUCCAAUUCCUUAAAGAAAAUCUAGAUGUCUACGCAUGGAGCCACGAGGACAUGCCGGGCAUAGCUCCAGAAGUCAUCCAGCAUAAGUUGAAUGUGAACCCGAAGCGGAAACCCAUCCAGCAAAGACGAAGAGUCUUCGCCCAGAACGAGAUCAAGCAGUUGCAGAUGAAGUUACCAAACUAUUGA